AUGAAGAGAAAGAACUGUAACGUGCUGGCACUAUUUAGCAUUAGGAAUAAAUAUAGUGGCACAUACACAUCUUUCUACAUCCCCCGAUCAGUUAUGUCAUACAACGGAAUAGGUUUGAAGUCAGCAAAGGGGUCUUCUACCUCUGGUCAUAUUCAACGAUCGUUAGCUCAUAACAAUAAUAACAGAAGAAGAAAUGAAAACCAAAACCAAAUUACAAAAAAUACCAGAAACCAAGGACCAACAACAACAAGGCCUAACCGAAUAAAAACAAUAGAUAAAAUAAUUAAACUAGAUAACCUAGAGCAACAACACAUAUCAAAAUUAGCAGCUCCAAAACAACAACGUUAUAGCGUACUGUCUCAUUUAAAUAAAAGGAAGAUUGAACUACAAGUAUCAGAAUUACGAGAUAAAUUAGAAGAUGAUGAUCCAAAUUUACCUAAAGAUGUGAUAGUUGAAAAAUGUAAUAAAUUGAGAAUUGAACUAAUUAAAGAACAAGAAAUUUCAGAUCGAUUAAAAAAUGUUUAUACCUCAAGAAAAGAUAGAAAUUCAUCCUCUCCCGAUUCUACUACACAAAUCUCCAAAUGA